ACCAAUAGAAGAGCUUGCCGCCAAUGUGCAUUUCUGCUGAUCCCCCACGAUCGCAUCAUCAUCCAUCUGCAACAAGUGACACGGACCUAUCUCAUGAACAACGCUUCAUUACCAAUCUAGAUUUGAGUUAACAUAUCUUGUGCUGAAAAGUAUAAUGGCUGUUGCAGAAGCUGGAGGGGCGGAGUUCGUUGGCUAUUCGAAGCUAGCGAACAUGAUGGCAACAAACCCAGACGCCGCCAUCUUUCGAAGGUUCCGUUUCUUGUCCAUAAUGAACAUUCUCCGAUUACAAUCGGAACUGCAAGAUCUAGAGAGCCAAUUGAAAGACAUCUGGCAACUCGAGCAGGAGGAGGACGAUUUCCGCAAAACCUUUAGGUCGGACUUUCGGUAUAUGAGAGAACAACUGAAUGAAGACUCAAUCCAGUACGACAUUUUACGAGAGAUUGGGGAAAAGCUGAAAGAAUACCAUGAGGCAUUGCAAAGCUUUUCGCCUGGAGGAUCCGACGCCGCUCAGCCGAGCAAUCAUGACCUAGAAGGCCUCAGACAGUGGAUCGCUCUGGAAGGCGGGAAUUUUCUGGACGGCAUCGAGGAGGGCACCUGGAAAAUCCCAGACGUGUCAGAGUACUUCACUAUGCGUCCAACCUCUGGUCACGGCGAAGACGGGCUGAGUGAGCUCUUGAACGGGAAGCUACUGACGGCCUACACUGCUGUGAUCGGCCGGCGCACAAAGUCCGAAGAUAAGCUGUUGGGUCGCAAUAUCCGCAUUUAUGACGAGAGGAAGAUAGCCCGGGUUGGUGAUGCGAUUGUCGCGAUAUUCUCAGCAGCAUUACCGACCGUGGCCAUACUUGUCCUAUACUUCGUGAAGAGCAUGCUCAACAGGAUUGGGCUAGUAGUUGUCUUCACGAGUAUCUUCGCAGCGGCACUCGCCAUUUUCACCAACGCGAAGAGGAUUGAGAUAUUCUCGGCCACUGCUGCUUUCGCUGCUGUUGAAGUUGUCUUUGUUGGGAGCACAUCAGGAGCUAUCUGAGUGGAUUAUCGAUCAGCCGAUAUAUACUGGCUUUAUGAAACAGAUCAAUAAGAUCUAAGCAAUCAGGAUUAGCAUUCAAAUUGUAUGUAAUAGCAAAAUUAAGCUACUAAAGCUAGGAGGGAGUUAGUAGGCCAAGGAUCUUUACAGCCUUAAUAGAUUACUGUAUUGAGAAUAAAAUUGAUUCAAAGUUCA